AGUGCGCUGAACUCAUGGUGCAAUGCACCCAACAAUUUUUCCAUAACAAUUAAAUUUGCAAGCUUUUAAAAAACGGCUCACUGCGAUUUAAUAUUUGUGGAUGAUUACCUAUUCAUGUGCCACCGCAUUCCACUCUCAGUAUCAAAUUCCAACUUUAAUUGCUUACAAGUUACGUACAAAACCGAAGCACACAACAACCUCAAUAUUCAACACAACAGACAAUCAAAAACAUCCAAAACCCCAUCACCAUUUUGGGUUUUUUUUGUUCCACAUCAAAUUUCUGUUUCUGUUUCUGAAAAAACCAACAAAUCACUCUCUUCCUUAUCUGCAUCAAAACCCACUUCCUCUUCUUCUUCUUCUUCUUCUAGUACUUCGACCUUAAUAUUCGAUCUCAUGGCAACCUCCCAACAAGUAGAGCCAGAGAAGCAGGCGUACUCGGUUUGGGCUGUCCCACCUGAUGACGUGGCGGCCAGGCUGAAGAAGCUGAUGGAUAGCCUUGGGUCCGAGUUCGGUGGGCCCAAAUUCGAGCCCCACAUAACUGUUGUUGGGGCCGUCCAUUUGACACCGGAAGAUGCGGUUGACAAGUUCAGAUCAGCCUAUGAAGGCCGCAAGGCUUACACUGCCACCGUUGAUCGUGUGGCUACGGGCACUUUCUCUUCUCAGGGUGUUUUCCUUGUCAUCCAUCCUACUACAGAGGUAGUGGAGACUAGUGCACACUGCUGUGGUCAUUUUGGAUACAAGAAAUCGACUCCUUAUAUGCCACAUUUGAGCCUCCUUUAUGCGGAUCUGACAGAGGAUGAGAAGAAAAAAGCCCAAGAAAGAGCUAGUAUCCUUGAUGAAAGCAUUAACAGUUUGAGCUUCCAAGUUAAUCGCCUUGCAUUAUACAAAACAGACACUGAGGACAAAACUCUCGAAUCCUGGGAGAAAAUUUCUGAAUGCUUCCUUAGCCCAAAUUAGCUUCUUCUUUGGCAUGUUUAUAGUUUGUAAUAAGUAUCAUGGUGUACUUUGAGCUUUUACUAUGUAACAAGAAUUAUUAUACUGUUCUUCUAACUCUUCUUACCUUUGGUUUAUAAUAAGAAUUACAUGUUUUGGUGUUCUUCUGCCCUAA